AUGUCUACUAAGAGAAAGGCAACUUCGGGCCCGAGGGCUACCUUUGAUGCAACCCCAGAGACGAUCUCUCAGACUCUGAGAGUUCUAAUUUUUCAAUUCUGCGACUGUAGGUCAUCAGAACCUGCUUCAAGUACCACUAAUGUCCUAGCUCAGACCAAUGUGAGGAAGAGGGGUUUUCAUAAUCCUAUUUGCUGCAAGUGUAAUAAGAGACAUCAAGGGGUGUGCCGCUAUGGCACCCAUAGAUGUUUUGGGUGUGGCCGGCAGGGUCACUAUCUGAAAGAUUGCCCACAAGUGAAACAGGAUAACAAAGGUUUUUUGCACCCCAUUUGCAGUAGGUGUGGAAAAAGACAUGCAGGAGUGUGUAGGAUGGGUUCGGAUGUGUGUUAUAAUUGUGGUCUCCAUGGCCACAUGCAAAGAGAAUGCCCUUCAGUCAAGUACAAUAGUAACACUAAGGGUGGUGGUGCAAUUCGUUCCCCCAGACCAGGCAUAGCCAACUCAACAACACCGUUCGCAGCCCGUAGUACUCGGGCACUAGCAGACCAAGGCACUGAUAGGGAUGAAGUAUUAGGAUUAAGUGGGGAUCAAGUACGUUAUCAUGAUAUGGUAGAUCGCCAGGACUCCGAUGUGCCGUCACAUGUGUCAUAG